AGCGUUCGCGCGCCUUGCGCACACGCUCUUCGCUUUGAAACACGUCGCUAUCACAGCCGCACCUCACACGUUGUCACUGUUUACCACUGAAGACCCAUAACAUUGUUAAAUAAACAUUCACAAUAAUCGUUGAAAAAUAACCGUCGAAAUUCCCGGGGUUCGAGCCCGGAACCGACGGUACACGAGUGCGGAGUGCAACGCAAAUUAGCCUAAUAAAUCGCCGUCAACCUGACGCAUCGAAUCCUGCGGUACAACAAACCAUGAACAACGAUCGGGAUAAACAAAUGUUCAGUGCGUAAAGUACAAGUUUCGUGUGAUCGCGGGACACUCCUCGAUUUUUUUCUUCUCAUUUCUGUGAAUAAUUAUUGAAAGGGAAAAAAAAUGUACUUCAAAGUGUAAUUAAAUAAAAUCUGUGUCAAGCACGAGAGGAUCAACACCGGCUGCCAACACUUGAGAUAAAAAUUGAAGUAAUUAUUCAGUCUAAAACUUCACGUUAUGGAAUUCCAUCCGAUGGGGGCAUUAUGCAGACUGAGGAAGUGGUGCCUCGUGCACAGCCAACGGGCAUAGACGGCUCCCUGACGGACACCUCGACUUACCCCAGUCCUCUGCAUCUCCCCCAGCACUUGGCCUGUCCAUUACCGUCGCUCGUCCACAUGGCGGUGAAACAGGAGCUCCAGGACGACGAGGAACGGGCGAGAGAGGCUAAUAGUCUCAGAUCCAGUUCUAACGAGGCACUUAACAGUCAACAAACGGAGACAAGUGCUGCAUCUACACCACCAGAAGUUGCUCAUCACGUACAUCACAGUCACGACACCGCCAUGAUACAGCCACUCCAGUCAAUGGAAAGUGUCACGGAAAACAAUCAUGACACCACCAGCCGAUCUAGACCAAGCCGAGGGAGAAGGAAUUCCCGUUGGAAGUUGAAGUUUCACCACCAGGCGCUCCCUCCCGAGUACCUGGACCACUACGAGGCAGCAUUGGCGCAGGAGGCCUUGACCACAUCACCUCCCCACGCCCACGAGCCCUCGGCAUCGAGUCCAGCACCAACGACAUCCACAUCAACAUCAUCCCCCAGCCCCGUCACCGAUGUCCAGGGCUGGCUCCAGCGAAUAGCCGCAAUGCAGCAGGAGCUCUGUCCCCGUGUGACACCACCAACGCACCCAGAAUCACCGCUUGCCACCAAUUACCGGAGAUCCGUGAUAACCUCCGCAUCAAACACCCACUCCCAUCAUCAGCAGUGCCAACCACCACCAAGGCCUCCCAUGAAGUACUCCGACCUGCCCUACAUGGGUGAGAUAACCCUGGACAACAGCAAGCCAAGGAGAGGUCGAAAGCCGAAGAAGGCGGACAUUUGUCACCUCAUCUACAAGAACUAUGGAACUAUUCUGCCAGGUACACCAGGUCACGACGAUCGAAAGCCACCAAAGGAAAAGCCGGAGAGUCACCGAGAGCCACCGCCACCCGUCAGCUUCCAACGCACCGACAUUCAGAAUCGGAUAAGCAGCCUCCUGGAGAAACGACUAACCCAGGAAUCCCGGAGGAACUUCCUGGAGGACCAGCGGGAGCAGGACGAGCCCCUAAACCUCUGCAUCAAAGACCUAAAUCAGUUAAAAAUCCGCCUCCUCCGAAAACAUGGAAAUAUUUACGAAUCAGGUGCUGUGAAAAGUGAGACAUCAAGUGAUGGUGAAGACGUUGAGUGCCUCGGAUCCCCCUUCCCCAGUGCUGUGGACCCCACCCGUUCCGAUCCCCUGAACAACAACAAUCACAGUGUAGUUAAUAAUAAUACUAAAAACCUGAACAACAACGAUCCGGCAAAUCCGGGCUUCGUCUACUGGCCGAAUGCUGGUGUAUUUAUUCACCCGAUGACCCUGCAGUCGCAAUUUCUGUACUACCAGAAGAUGGCGCAGGGUGAUAAGGCCCCGGGGAAGCCGGAGGUCUCGCCGAAGGAGCAGAAGAUCGUCCCCAAGUCGAUCUACGCAAUGUUGGACAAUAAGAGUCCGUCACCGGGUCAAAAUCCAGCAGCAACCCCUGUCUCCCAGCCCCCGGUGUCCCCCAGACCGAAGAGAAUCGCCCCCCUCGGUCAACCCCCGGCCCAACCCACCAAACGCAAACGCUCCGCCAUUUUUAUUCCCCCAAUGCCGACGGAAAACAAUAACAAUCCGGCGACGGAAGUGAGCAUUUGUAAAUUUAAAUUCACAGGGGGUGCGAAGCCAAGUCUUCAGGAGAAGAAGAGCCUCUCGGUUGAUUCCGGGGGUAAUUUCCGGUACUACAGCGGCACCGGGGAUAAGAGCAUGAGGGGAUACGAAUUUUUUCCAAGAGAAGCUCUUCAGCAACCGCCUGGACAACCGGGUUCAUCGGCUGGUGCAUUCCUCAGCGCGACUGGAGAGCGCAUCCCGGCGCCCGCUUGUCCAAGAACAGCGACGCCCGAUGAUGGCAGGAGAAAACGGAAGACCAGGAAGUCCCUGCAGCGAGAGAAACUGGAGCAGACGUUCAAGGAGAAGGGCUUCCUCAUACAGACGCAGCAACUGGAGUCCGCUGAGGGUGCGACUUACUGCAAAUUCCGGCAGUUGAGGAAGUUCACCAGGUACUUGUUCAGGAGUUGGAAGGAUUAUUUACCAGGAAACGUGGGGGACAUGUCCCAGAAUCCCGAACCUGAGGGGAUCGAUGGAGAAGGUGAUGAGCACUCGACCUCACCUGUGUCGACUAUUGAGGGUAACUCGAUCGACGAACAUCGACCUUUACCACUCACCUGAGGCCCUUGAACUCAGAGAAAAAUCGAAAGGGCAUAAAAAAUGGUUCAAGUAGUUACAGACCUUCGUUUUCUUCUCCAACAGAUUUCGAACAGAAAAGUGAAUUAUUCGGGUGGAAAAGGUUUCUCGUCGGGAUCUACCUGAUUCAGGCUGAAUCAACGGAUUGAUAUGCGAUGAGGAACUCACCUGGUGCAGGAAAUGGCGAUUUGGUACCAAUAUUUAUUGGUACUUUACUCAGGUCGAGCGUCAGGACAUGAACGAAGCCGACUCUCGACCCAAAUCGGUCGUUUUCACUUGCGAAAAUAUUAAUUUGGGGCAGGGAAGGGGAUGAAUAUUUUCGAUGGGCAAUUUCAUCACCUGAAUCAUUAGUUUCCAAGCUGGAAGCUCGAAAGUGCAUUUAACUUGCCAGAUAGAUCGUAGAUAAAGUACAAGAGGAAAGUUGGGUACGUUUACUGAUCUCUGUGUCACGUUUGUAAUGUUUCUAUUGAACAUUAAAAUCUGGGGCUCCUUCUCCGAUAUUCUAGUGUCCGUUGGUUAUUGCGUAAAUUAUUUAAUCGUCUCAGUCUCUCGUUCAGCUUGAAGUUAUGUGAAAGGCGCCGGCUUUGAGUGUAAAUAAGCUGUUUUACGCCGGAAUGAAAAUAACUUUAUAUUCUAUUGUACAUGGCAUUGAGAGAUUAAGCAUUUUGAUUGAGUCACUUGUAAAUCACUUUAUACGAGUCACUCUGCGGUUAAACUGAGUGCACACUGGCAAUACCAAUAAGCCAGUCGGUGAGUUCAAUCAGUGGAUAAUGUGCAGAAGAAAAAACAGAUGGGGAGAGAGAGAGAGAGGGAGAAAAAAGAUGAAA